AUGAGCUAUUUUUUCUCUUCAAUUUUUGGAAACGACGAAAAACAAGCUUCGAAUUCCCCUGUAAAAUCCACGGAAGAGGAAAAGCUCACAAAAACAGAAGGAAAACAAAACGAACAAGAAGAACAACAGUCCGAAGAUACAAUGGCUACUCCUCGAAAGGGCUGGUUGGACUGGCCGUUUUGGAAAAGGAACGAUAAUUCUGGUGGGGGGCCUUUUAACGCGUUUCGUAAAAAUAAAAACCCGGCAGCUUUCACUUGGCGUAAAGAUUUAAACUAUGCGACGAAGCCGAAGGAAUAUGGGAAAGGGGAAGGAUCGAAAGAUCUGGCGGCGUUGAAUGUUGGCACAAGUUCCUCAGAAAGCGGCGAGGAAGAAGGACAAAGUAAAGCGACAGAAAGUAUAACCAAGACGGGAAAUACAGAUGGUGGAAAAAGUUCUAUGAGGUAUGUAAGAAUAUUUAUUCUUAUAUCUGCACGAGAGUUUAUGAAAGUCAAUAUUUAUCGUAAGAAACAAAGUGUUCAAGUGAAAUUUAAAAAUCAGUUUUAUUUAUUUUAAAAUUAAAUAAAUUUGCAUUUUAAAUAAAUUUUGCAUCCGUAAGCCCGGAUCUUCAUCAGUGCUAAUCUGAUAUGCGACUUGUUUAAUUCACAAGUAUUUGAUUAAAUUAAGUGGCGCAAUAAAUUAGACAACAUAAAUUUUAUGAAACAGAAUAUUUUCCAAGAUUAUAUACAUGGACGGUUAUAGAUUCUGUAAUGGAAGAUCUGACAGGUUUAUAUAAACAUGUAAAACCUGUCUGAAUCCGCCCCUGCCAAAUUUAUUUAAAUAUUAUGUUCUCUUGACAGUGUCCUUGAAAAAGACGUACCUUUGGUCACAUACAAUGACAGGCCAAAUGGUGCAAAAGAUGUUGCCCUCAACAUGAGAAAGGUCGCAGCCUUGAGAGACAAGAAGCAGAAUGAUUUACAGACACAGCAAGCGACUGCUUUCAGUGUGGGAGUACUAGAGGAAAAAUACUCUCCAACUGGUCAAGGGUUGAAGCCGGAAAUUAAAGGUAUGGGCACAAAAUUAUAGUUUGGUAAUCUCGUACCUAGAGCACAAAAUAGGAAAGUACAGCAGAAGUGUAACUUGAGUCGGUGUUUACGUCCACGAAAAUUUUAACUCGUGGCUAGUACAGCCGGAAGUUUUUAUCAGGUUUUGGUAGGUACAAAGUGCCGGUUGUACUAGCCAGGAUGGCGUGAUCGAUGACGAAUCGCUUGUAAAAACGCGGACAAAUACUUGCUUGUGUGAGACUUCUGGAGUACCUUCCUAUUCUGUGCCUAGAGUACGUACGUUCGCAUGUAGGUUCGAGCAAUGCGAGAUUGGUGUAGUAUGUAGCUUUAUUAUUUGUUGGUGGCAUUGACGGUGGGAAAUCGAAAAAUAUAUACAGACUUAAUUAUAUAAAGAUCUUUUAUAUUAUCUAAUAUAACUGUAUGAUUUCGUAAAUGUGUCAAGAUAAACCUGUAACAAGAUAAAGUGCGACUCUAAAGACUGGGCGCGAUUUUUCGAUUUUCACUGACCGAUAACUUUAAUUAUACUUUCCGGAAGGGUAUAUUAUGUAGAAUCUAUCAAUGGUAUUCUACGGUCUCUCGAACCAUCGGUACUCGAAACUUGUGUCUUCAGCGCUACCCAUGGGGGAUCCUCAUAAACUUUCGUUGAGCAAAACGAACCCCUAAUUACGCCACAUGCUUGGAAGUGUUAUAUCACUAUCAGUGUUGCGCAGAUUAUACUGGGGUCUCCAAGUCUAAAAAAACGUUUCCUUAGGUCUAGUAUCAUCUGCGCAGGCUACCAGUAGUUCAGCGAACAAACAGAAAAUAGACGCCACGGCCAAAACUAAGAAAGCUAUCCGACAACUACCAACAACACCAAAAGAACAGAAACGCGUAGGCACCCCACAAGCUGUUCCAACAAAUACAAAAGCAACUCCACGUCAAGAAACCGUUCCAAAAUGGAACCCCAACACAAAAAUCGUCACGGAGAAAAAGAACGCCGAAAGAAAACCUGUCGAAAAUACUAAAAAAAUUGACAAAAAGAACGAGGCGAAAAAAGUUGGGGAGACGAAAAAGACGGUUGUUAAAAAGAACGAUGGACUAAAUCAAUUUCAAAAACCUGUUCUUCAGAAGCCAGUGGUUCCACGACCAAAUUGCGCAAAAAUCGACGAAAAGCCGUCCAUAUCGUCAAGUCCCAACAAAACUGUUGCCAAGACAGGCGCUGGUAGCCAACUUAAACAAAAGGUAGGACGUAGUUACAAUCAAUUCAAGAGUUGUCCGAAAUUUUGGAUUAGUUGUUGAUCCCAUCAAUGGUGGUUUCAGUGACGUGACAAAAGGGUUAGCCUAUUAAACUACUCCUAGGUACCUAAAUAAUUAUUAGUAGAUUUUUGAAAUGUUGUCAGCCAAUUUCAAUUUCUGGGAACCGUACAGGCGCAGAAGCUAUGGGUACCAGGUUGGUCAAUUUCUUACCUGAAUACUGUAGUGAUCAAAGUAUAAUUUUGGGCUCAUAAUGUUCACUGCCGGCUCUCUAGGAAAAAGAACUUGCGUGACCCCGCUUGUAAUAGCGUGCAUAUCAUUGAUGCAUAUCCACAAAAAAUUCAAUAUCGCAGAGUAGAUCAGAUAUAGUGGUUGGAGCAAAAAAAACGUAACCGCCACCACGCCAUGAUUUGCAAUCGUAAUGCUGUCGCCAUGUUCCUAGCCUGGCUACCAUAUUCCCAGCCAAUGAGCUUACGAGAGGCACUCGUCCCCUGAAUGUCUAAGCCAAGCCUACCAUUUUGAAUGUUUUUAGAGGGUUGACGGCCUCUCCUUAGCGCCAGGAGAGGCUAGAAACGUGGCGACAGACGACAGUAUUGCGAUUGCAAAUCAUAGCAUGGCGGCGGCUACACUAACAUCAAAAGUGCCGACCACAAUCGGACUUCUGUAUGCGUUUGUUCUGUGCCAAGAUGGCGUUCACGAUAUUUCAAGAACCGAGUAUAAUUUUUAGAAAAAUGUAAAGCGAGACAGACUUCUCAGUAUAUUGCUGUAUCGCUUUAGCAGAUGUCUAGUUGACUACCAUCAGUUGUUCCAUGAAGAUUACUAAUAUAAAACCUAUACCAAUAUAUUGUUAACGUUCGAUAUGGAUCGUAUUUUAGGACGCAGCCACAAAGCAAAUAGCCGAGACUGGGAAGCAGAAAAAUGUAGCAACCGGAAGCCCCGGAUUGGCUAACGUGACCGUUCCAAAGUAUACUAACAUAACCUCUAACCAGCAACGACCUGCUCCCGAAGGUUUCAAAACCCAAAAUCUUCCACCACAAAAUCAAAGACUAACACGACUACAAAAUCCUGGCGCUCAAGUUCCGAAACGAAAUAUUGUUGCCAACACCGGUCUCAAAAAUGGUUCAAAACCUUCAACUCUUCAGCCUUCACAACAGCAACGUGUUGGCCCACAGACUCCUAAGUCCCAAAAUAUUGGUCCACAGAGUGCUAAAUCACAAAACAUUGGUCCACAAUGUCCCAAACCGGGUACACAAGAUCCUAGAGUACAAAUCCCUGUCCAGCAAAACCAAUGCCCAAAAUCAAACCAUAGCCCACAAGUUGGUCCUAAACAGAUAGCGUCCCACCCCCAAGCCGUAGGCGUGCAACCAUCUCAUAUGCAAAGCCCAAUGCCUCAAGCUACUAACCACCAAUUUCCCAUUCCGCAAAAUACAUCUGAAAUUGGACCACCUUUAAAACGGCCUUACUCGGAAGUCGCGGACCCCCAGCAGCCUAGCGCGCAACGAAUUCGCCCUGAAGGUGUCAGCCCACAAUCUUCAUCAAAUCGAACCAACGUGAAACAAAAACAGCCCACGAACAGACGCAAAGCUCCAGGUCUUGCAAAACCUGUCAAACCAGCUGGCGAGACGCAGCCGGUGAAUGGCGAAACAACGCAGCAAGAUCCGAAAGAAGCCGACAACGUGCCGAGACGCAAAAUCUUGUGUUCUAGGGAUGGUCGAGAGGUUAUUAUCGAACCCAACAUGCCUGUAACUUUGCCCGGGAGUUUAGCUCACGCACAAGGAAAUAAAAACGUUUCAAGACCAACAGAAACGGAGAAAAAAUGUCCUGUGCAAAAUACCAUGCCAAAAACCAAACCCGAGUUUCCCGUCAAACAAGAAAAGCUCGCUCAGCAGGUUAAACCGGUCAAACCAGUUAUGAAGGAUGCGUCAACAUCUACGCUUGCACCAAUUAGUACCCUCGUUGACGCCGCUGUACAAGUGCCCGACGAGGAAGAGAACGCGGGCGACGAAAUUCACAGCCUACUUGUGAAACGACCUUGGGAUACCGAACGAGUGAUGAAAAUGCAAGUUCACCUGGACGAGAAGCUCGUUGUGAUUACUAGAAUGAGGGAGAUGUUACGUAAACGAAGCGAUGAGGUCAAAUCCAUGAAAAAACGUUGUUCAGAGCUCGAAACGGUCAUCAAGGCAUCAAAUAUGCAAGGGAAACCGCAGCUUGUCGCGCAAGUGAACGAAAUGACCGAUAUCAAGAACGAAUUGGUGGCCGAGGUCACGAACUUGACCGUGGAACUCGAGAAAGAACGCACGAACGUCAAAAGUUUGAAAACGGAACUCAUCGACGUCAGAGCACAGUUGACUACAGCUCGGAAAAAAGCCGCGAACCCGACUGGCCAAUAGGGGUGAAGGACGGCGUAGCAUUGACCAAUCAGGUCCAAGGUACUUUAGUAUGUGUAUUUUACUAAAAAAUAG